CCACGACUGAAACAUAAACAUCUCCACGAGGCACUUUGAGGCUGUGUUAUGCAAUCACCAGCAUACAGACGAUCCAGGGACGUGACCGGGGUUGGCCAGAGGGAGGCGCACGGUGCACCCUUCAUUUGAAUAGAGCAAUUAAUGAGGAAGUUUACCCAAACCCUGGUUAGGCACAGCGUGCACAGCAGGGACGCAAAGACCGACAGCAGCCGAGCAGCAUUUAUUUUGUGGGUAAUCUUGCAGAAGUCACCGCAUGAGCUGCCAACUUCACCACUGAGACACAUCCUCAGUAGAUGAGGCUUCUGCUUUCCAGCAACCACGCUGCCCGGUGUGUGACAUGACAUGUGCAGCGUGGCCUGCAGAGGUAUUCUACAAGGCUCGUUGUGCGACUAACACCCCCUCCAUCACCACACUGCGCGUCUACCUCCUGGCGCCCUAAACCGAUCAUCGGUGGAAGUCCCGAGCCGCAGCAGCCCAACUGUGCCAUCCCUCCACUAUACCUCCAGAGUGUGCUCAGGCUGGCCGGCUGCUGCACAGGCACCAUGGAGCAGAAAUCACCCAAGGAUGAGGGCACCGGCAAGGGACAGGAGUCCUACCAGCGGAGGAUGUGGAAGAAUUUCCAGGGGAAAACCAAGCCCUGGCUGAGUCCGAAAGUGGGAUCGGAGCGUCGCGGCGCAGGAGGCGCGGAGGGCAGCAAGAAGGAAUCCGGGCUGUGGAUGUUUAAAAGGAAAAAGAAACAGUUCGACCGGGUGUUCUCGUCGUCGCAGCCCAACCUGUCCAGCUCUCCGCCGGCCUCCUUCGAAGGGGAUACGAGGUCCGGUGGCGGCGACGCGGUCCCCGGCACCAGCGCGGACGGACGACCCCUGAUGCACCCCCUCGGCGCAGCCUCCGGAGCCACGGGGAGCAAGCCGGAGCUGACGACGCACGGGAGCCCCAAGCUCGCCGUGUCCCAGCUGAUCACGUACCAGCAGAAGAGCUCCUCUCUGGGCUCGACGUGCUUCGAGGCACUGGUGGUGGAGCCGGCCGCGGAGCCGGGAGAGAAGGAGGAGCAGCUGCGUAAAAACGCGAGCGAUUCCGGCAUCAGCAUAGUGGGGCCCAGUAAUGCAGAACCCCCACCUCGUCCUCCAAGUCCAGCCAUGUACCAGGUGGAUAUCGUCCUGAAGAAAGGGAACAACCUGGCCAUCCGAGAUCGGACAGGGACCAGUGACCCGUAUGUGAAGUUCAAGAUUGCAGGGAAGGAGGUGUUCAGGAGUAAAACCAUCCACAAGAACCUGAACCCGGUGUGGGACGAGCGAGUGACCCUGCAUGUGGAAACCCUGAAGGACCCGCUCUAUGUCAAGGUUUUUGACUAUGACUUUGGAUUCCAGGAUGAUUUCAUGGGCUCAGCGUAUCUCCACCUGGAGUCACUGGAACAUCAGAGGACCCAGGAUGUGACGCUGGACCUGAAGGACCCACAGUACCCUGAACACAACCUGGGCAUCCUGGAUCUUUCUGUCACUCUGUCACCGAAGGAGGGAGACAUCAGGGACACUACCAUGCUUUUGAGAAGGAACUGGAAACGAUCUAGUAAGUAUCAGAGUAUGCGUCUGUCAGAUGUGCACAGAAAAUCCCAGCUGUGGCGAGGUAUAGUCAGCAUCAGUCUGAUAGAAGGUCGCGGCCUGCAGCCCAUGGACACCAACGGCCUCAGUGACCCUUACGUCAAAUUCAGGAUGGGGCACCAGAAGUACAAGAGCAAGACAAUUCCCAAAACGCUGAACCCCCAGUGGAGGGAGCAGUUUGAUUUCCACCUGUAUGAGGAGCAUGGAGGUUUUGUAGACAUCACAGUGUGGGACAAAGAUGCUGGCAAGAAGGAUGACUUCAUGGGAAGGUGUACCAUUGACCUGUCGCAGCUCAGUAAAGAGCACACACACAAGCUGGACCUGCCGCUGGAGGAAAACGAAGGCGUGAUGGUGCUCCUGGUUACACUCACUGCCUCUGCUGCCGUUUCCAUCUCAGACCUGUCAAUCAACAUACUGGACGACCCCAACGAGAGACACCAGAUCAUGCAGAGAUAUAGCCUGUGGAGGUCGCUGCACAACCUGAAAGAUGUCGGCGUGGUGCAGGUAAAGGUCAUCAGGGCGGAGGGACUGAUGGCGGCAGAUGUCACAGGUAAGAGUGACCCGUUCUGUGUGGUGGAGCUGAGUAACGAUCGGCUGCAGACGCACACCGUCUACAAAAACCUCAACCCAGAGUGGAACAAGGUCUUCACUUUUAACGUGAAGGACGUCCACUCGGUACUCGAGGUCACCGUUUACGACGAGGACCGAGACAGAAGUGCCGAUUUCCUGGGGAAAGUGGCUAUUCCUCUACUAAAUAUCCAAAAUGGAGAACGCAAAGCCUACGCCUUGAAAAGCAAGGAGCUGACAGGGCCAACAAAAGGGGUCAUCUUCCUCGAAAUAGACGUGAUAUUUAAUGCUGUGAAGGCUGGUCUCAGGACGCUGAUCCCCAUCGAGCAGAAGUACAUCGAGGAGGAGCCCAAAGUGUCCAAACAGCUGCUGUUACGCAACUUUAACAGAGUCAGACGCUGCAUCAUGUUCCUCAUCAAUACUGGCUGCUACAUCAACAGCUGCUUCGAAUGGGACUCACCACAGAGGAGCAUCUGUGCUUUCUUGCUUUUUGUGAUCCUCGUUUGGAACUUCGAGCUCUACAUGAUCCCUCUGGCGUUGCUGCUGCCGUUGGCCUGGAACUACAUCCUCAUCGCGUCGGGGAAGGACACCAGGCAAGAUGUGCAAGCGGUGGAGGACCUGCUGGAGGACGAGGAUGAGGAUUUUGACAAAGAUGACAAGGACUCGGAGAGAAAGGGCUUCAUGAACAAGAUUUAUGCCAUUCAGGACGUGUGCAUCAGCGUGCAGAAUGCGCUGGAUGAAGUGGCCUCCUAUGGCGAGAGGAUAAAGAACACAUUUAACUGGACUGUGCCUUUCUUAAGCUGGCUGGCCAUUGUGGCUCUGGGAUUGGCCACCACCAUCAUCUACUUCAUCCCUCUACGAUACAUCGUGUUGGCCUGGGGGGUGAACAAAUUCACCAAGAAGCUGCGAGACCCUUACAACAUUGACAACAACGAGCUGCUGGACUUUCUGUCCAGAGUGCCCUCAGAUGUACAAGUGGUGCAGUACCGAGAGCUGAAACUGGAUCCCAGUCCCAGUCCAAAUAAAAGGAAGAAAAACAACCCCGGGUAGAUGACUGUGUCCGCCCACCGACUCGUCUCUUCUCCACUUUUCUUCUCUCUGUCUAUGACUGGACGCCGAGGAGCAGAGGAAGGCGGCUCUGGACGCGCUCAGCUCAACUGACUUUCCUUUUUCUUAUCUCCCAUUUUCUUCUCUUAACCCCCUUUUUUUUCUGCCUGUAAUUACUCACCAUGUACAGUGCAGUUUCUCGAUGUGUAAUUUUUGUAUAAAACAAGACAAGACACCCCUUGAAUUGUUAUCACCAUUAUGCUUUUGAUUGAUUUUAAAGGCGAGCGGGAACGAUGGCUGGAAUGACCUUUUUAUCAGCCGUGUGAGCCGCGCUCCUCGUUCUCCUCUCUCCAUCACCCUGACAGCGCGGUGAACUCUAUCUAUUCUCCUGCCACAAGUGUCAAACAAUGAGUACAAUGAGUUUUAACAUUUAUACUCACCUUUCCAAAGACAUAUUCAGAGCAUCCAUGUUUAUCAAAAAGACAAGCCUUAUAACAAUACUCUGCAUCGUCACUCUGCGAAGGACUUUCAUUUCUUUUCUCUCAAGCUGUAUUUAUUAAAUGACUUUGGUAAUAUGUUUAUAUUUUCUAAUUGUUUUUGUACUGAAGUAUCUUUUGUUUUCUUCCCCUCUUGGACGUGCUAAUGAUAUUAUGUUCACUGGCAGUAAUUUGGAUUGCCUGCACUUAACUCAGCCAGCCAAGUUGAUUAGCAAUUAUGGUGGUAGCCUCCAGAUAUGUCCUUCUACACAAACACAAAGCUGGACCAAUAAGCUGACGGCUCGUGCUGGUAUCUCUCUGUGUUGAACAAUGGCCAAAUGUUUUUUUUUUUUUUUUUUUUUAAAUGGGCAAUAUGUGAUUAUUUUAGUUUAAAGACGUCUAUGUGUUGUGUUGAAGAAAUACAUGUAUAUACUGAGGUUAGCAUUCUAAGCAGCUAGCCCCAGAGUGACCGUGAUAGUGAGUCACUGCAUCUUCCAGUCGGCCCUCAGUCGAACAUGAGAGGAUGAAGAAGUUACUGCGAGUCGACUAUGAGCUUGUGAUGGCGCCGUCAACCUUCCUCUAAAUUCGUGUCUCAAUUCAGGGGCUGUAUCCUAAGGGGUGCGCGGUCUUUGAGGGGUGCAUAGACCACGUUAAAGACUGAACCAGAAUAAGACAUGAAAGUUUUAAUGUCCCUACAUGUGGGCCGUGCAGUUGAAUUGAACCGUGAUACUCAAGUUUUGGAUGUCUUGAAUCCUGGGAUAGGUUGGGCCGGGAAGGAUCCAUCCAUUGGAGCCUUUGUUUCUCAGGUGUAGAAGGAUGCAUUUGUCGGCCACUUUUGAAGGAGCCUUUGAAAUGGUACGGUCUCGUCACAUCGCUGUGACGCAAUCACAUCUGAAGGAUGCAGCUCCUGAAUUGAGAACAGCUUAUUUCAGAAAACUGAGCUCUUUAUGCUGCUGCUCAAGCUGCUUCCCCUCUCCCUCCAUGUCUAUGACCCCUCGCUGCUCAUCCUCUACUUAUGACAUCACCACAUCUUCCCCGUUCCCAUGACUCAAGCUUGCUCAGCGUAAUGUGAGGGUUGGUACUUUGCAAGUGGCCAGUGACCCCCGACCAGGAACACACACACGACCUGCUCUCACACUUCAGAUGACGGGAACAUUGAGAGAACCAUUAAAACCUUCAUGGAUUUUUUUAAGGACCCACAGAACCUCAGCUCAUGAGGUUUUGUCCAAAUAUUCCCGAUGGCCAGUCUGACUAUGGUGAAGAUUUCUACUAAACAUUACCACUACAAAGACAUAAUGAUACAAGAAAACAUCAAAGCACACUGGAUAGUGAUAUCAGUUUUAAAUACAGUGAGUCUGUAUUUCUAUUUUAAAAUAGAUUGUGAUUAUAUAAUCACUAUUUAAUCGUACGCAAAAGGAAAAAGGACAACACUUUAAAGUAUGAGACAGUUGCUGAUAUGCCCUGAACUUUAAUCAGUAGUAAACGUCCAGACAACUUAGCCGUGUUUAACCCCUGAAAAACAUGUCAAAACCUCCGUCCGUCAGUCAGUCCGGGAUCCACGUCCUCUGUCUGACAGGAGGCGCAGCAGACCGGGCCUUCUGCUGUCUAACUGUUGUUAAUAUAGAUGUCACCCAGUCCAUGCAGAGUGUCGCCAGGCAGGCAGGCCUUCAGGCAGCCGCAGCCCUAAUCUGGUUUGAAAGGCUGGUCUCCUUUCCUCUCAUGUCCCGUGUGUGCAUGUGCUUGUGCGCGCGUGCGUGUGUGUGCGAGUGCGCGCCUCGGCAGCCACGCACGACAGCAUUUACACGCGCACAUGCACACAAACCUCUCGCGUGAAUACACUGCUCGCCUACAGAUACCGCACCUACUUGCUUGCAGAUGAAAACAACAUCCCAUUUGAGCACGCACACACACACACACACAAACACAAACACAAACACACACACAUGCUCUCUGUGAUGCUGUGCCCCAGGCUGGCUGCCCUCUCCAUCUGCCCCACCUCCUGUGCCCACAGCUCAACUUUGAUCUGCCUUCCCAGAGACACAGGCUUGUAUAUGUGAACUGUGCGAGAGAGUUUGCGUAUACACGUUUAUGCAAUCAAAGACAUGUUGCUUUUCUCAGCGUCGGAAUGUGUUGCAAUUGUAUCUACCCUCCAGCUGUAGACUGAUGCUUAGAUUCAGUCGGUGUGUGUGUGUGCGUGUGCAGCAGAAGUGCCAGCUGUUAUUUGGUGUUCUGGUGCAGAGGGCCGUCAGCUAGAUGAGCAGCAAGUCGCUGUGUGACAAGACGAGGCUCUGAGGGGACUUAGGCCUGAGAUGUCAGGGAUGGAGGGAUAUGUGUGUGUGUGUGUGUGUGUAUGUGUUUUAUGCUAUUUUAGAUCUUUUUUUCCCAUCAUGCCUCUCUCCGUUUGCUCUCUGCGGUUCCCUCAUUCGUCAGUGAGCGGGGUUGCGACCCUGUCUGAAGGGACGGUCUCCCGGGCUUCUCGUCGAGCAUCUGUUGAAAGAUCACAGCUCAGGCUACAUUUGAGGAGGUCUCCUCUCAUCCUACCGAUCCCAGCCCCCACCCCACCCCACCCGCCUCCUCCGCACGCCUUUCUGUUCCCUUUUUACCCCCUUUUGUCUGCUCGCUCGUCUGCCUCUCCGUCUAUCUUUAUCACCCUGAAGCCCCUUAGCAGCGACUGGAGCUCUCCACUGCCAUUUUGUCAUCCUCGUGCCCUGCCUGUCUGCCUGCCGUCACCUCUCCCGCUCGCUCCCCCUCCCUCUCCGCCCAUCCAUCUCCAUGCUUAAAUAUCAACAGGCUCGGGAUCUGUCACUCCAGAGGGCCAUUGAUUUUGUUUUGUUGUUUUGAGGAAUCCACUUGAAAGACAAUAACAGACCGUCCCCCAAGAGCGAGCGUCGCAGACUGAUUACAGCCUCCUCAACAAACACACUCUUUGCUUGGUGAAGGAUGGCUUUUUAUAAUGCCGGAAGGGACCGUCUGAAUACCUGAUAUGUAUGUGUCUACUACUGUAUGUGGUUAUUUUACAGCAAAUUGUGGUGUCUAUUGUGUGGUAUUGCAUCCAAAUACUUUGUUUUUUUGGGGGGUAUGUUUAUUUAUGAUUUGGUUUUGGCUGUUUGCAACCAAACCAAAGUGUUUUUUUAUUUUAUAUGUUGAAGAGAAAAUAAAUUAUAUCAAGGAAUGUAUCAGACUGACAGAUGCAAAGGAGAAAAAAAAGCACUUUUAUUUGAACCAGGUUGAAAAUGAGACUAUUUUUAAAAAUGAGACUACAAAGCUAAGUCCUUAUUAUUUGAUGGUUGUAUUUUAUACAGUAUGCCUGUGAAUCGUCUGGUGAUGUUGUAAAGUAGGUGUAUGCCUGCAUUAUUUUCUAAGGUCUGUCUUUUUUUUCCCUCUUCUGCCUGCAAUGUUGCCUGCCUAUGACAUCAUUUUUAUGUGCUCAGUUCUGACCAAUGACACUUCAGGACAGGAACGUGUUGGGAGCUGAGAUGAGGGUGAGGUCAGGAACGGCGAAAGAAAAUCUGUAUAUUUCUGGUUUGAAACAUGAAAUGCAUCUGAUGUAUGUUGCUUAUUUUCAAAAGAAAAUGAAAAAUCAAAUAUGAGAUUAAAUAUUUUUUAUCAACUUCA